AUGAACACUCUCUUCCACGCCAAAGGUACAUUACAUCUCGGAAGAGUACUGUGUACCUCGCGUCAAUACCAUGCCGGAAGAGGUGCUUCUGUAAAUACCGCCAUUCAACGAGGCAUUCGCAAAUCCAAAGGACUCGCAUUCAGAUCUGGCUCACGCGGCGCAAAAGAUCCCAAUGAUCCGCGGGCCAAGUAUGUUUCUGGAAAUCUACCGGUAAAAUACGACUUGCAGCAGAGAGCCGAACGUCGAGACGAAUCGGCAAGGAAUGAGAGGCCUAGGAAUGACAGGCCUGCGAGGGAGACGGGGCCGAAAGGUUAUGAUCGGGAAGGACGUGAUCCAAAGAUUCGACGGGGUAUCAAGGUCAUCAAAUCCAACAAAGAGAUAGAUCGAAAGAAGCCGAAUCCAGCGGGGAGACGAUCGAGCGAAGGCAGAUUUUUGUUUGACAGUAGAGAAAGACGAGAGAGUGGUUUCGACGGCGACGCUCAAUCAUCGCGGCCUUCCGUUGGCAGAGAUGCUGGGAACUCCACAGAGUCCGGAGGGAAAAAGAAAUGGGCUCGUAUUUCGGAUAGGGAGGUGGCAUUUGCGGGUUAUCAACAAGUGAAGGAGAUGCAAAAAAUAAAAGGGGAGUCUACAUCCUCUACGCAAUAUCAAUCACGGAAUACCUCUUUUGGGUCGGAUGAGAAGGACUCAAAUCGAUUUUCAAUGCAAAGGCGAACACCUCGAGAGGAAAACGAAAGGCCUAAAUUCAAUGAGCGACCUCGAUCUUCUUUCGGCCGACGAGACGAUUCAAAAUCUGGCACCAGUGGAUGGUCCCCAAGAUCAGCCGAGAGACCUUCGGAUCGCAGUUCUUCAGACAGGACAUUUCGUCCUCGCGACGAUUCAAAUCUUGGAUCUGGGGGUGAUGCUGGACGGUUCUCCAUGAAACGCGAGAGAUUCUCGGGUACAGCCGCAAUGUCAAUCCCUCCAGAGCUGGCGACACCGGGCUCUUCAGAUAUCGAUGCUUCAGUUAGCACUCCACGUAUCACCAAACACACGAUGGACGAUCGAUUCCCACUACCAAUACCAUACACAACUCCAUCCUCGGAAUUUCUUUACGGGACAUCGGUUGUGGAGGCUGCUCUGACAUCUCGUAAAGCUCCUACUAGACAGCUAUACAAGCUCUACAUAUACACGGGGGAAAACAGAGAAAAAUCAAGCACCGAUCGAGAUGUUGAUAUUGCCAAGCUGGCAAGCAGAGCAGGAGUAAAAGUCUCCCGAAUGAAAAGUCCAGACGACCUAAGAAUGAUGGACAAAAUGAGCGGCGGCCGACCACACAACGGCUACGUCCUCGAAGCAUCCCCCCUUCCCCGCCUCCCUAUCACCCGUCUCGCCGAAAUCACCAACGUCGACGGCGUCGCCGGUUUCAAAGUAACAGUCGACCACCAAUCCAAAGAAGACGCCCUCGUCAACGGCACCAACGACUUUAUCAAAGCCCCCUUCACCGGCCCAGCCGCCCACCCUAUCGUCCUCUUCCUCGACAGCGUCCAAGACCCCGGCAACCUCGGCGGCAUCAUCCGCACGGCAUCUUUCCUCGGCAUCAACGCCGUGGCUAUCGCCACCCGUAACAGCGCCUCGUUUACUCCCGUCGUCCUCAAAGCUUCCGCUGGUGCAUCGGAGAAUAUCACGCUCUUCUCCGUCUCGAAACCGGAGGUCUUCAUCCAGGAAUCGCGUGAGGCGGGCUGGAAAAUCUAUGCUGCUGUUGCCCCAGCUAGUGGUCGCGAUGGCUAUUACUCGAGAAAAUCGGUGUCGACAGACCGUCUGGGUGAUCCAUUGGUCGAGGGGCCGUGCGUGCUUAUGCUUGGUGGUGAGGGCGAGGGACUGCGCAUGAAUUUGAGGAAGAAGGCCGAUGUGGAUGUUUAUAUCCCUGGCAGCGCGCAGCGGUUUACGGUGGAUAGUUUAAAUGUUAGUGUGGCUGCUGGUAUCUUGUGUAGUGCGUUUGUGAAGAGGAGGAAGGGUGUUGUAGCUGAUGCUGAGGCUGAGAGUGAGGGGGAUAAGCAGGAGGUUUUUAGUUUGUAG